AUUCCCCAAUUAUUGUGCAGAAAUUACUUUCUUUGAUCUUAAGCACCAAACUGAUCUUCCGUAGUCUUGACGAAAGUCCAGCAUCUGACUUGCUAAUUAAUUCUGCUACCUUUUGAGUCUGACGCCUCCCUUUCAACUAAUAAAUCCAUUUCACUUCCUUCACACUCCAUUUCUCAUCUGCCAUAACAAGAACUGUUGAAUACACAGCAGACGAACGUAGUUCCGAACCUCGUCGUUCGAUCUCAGGUAACUGAUAUAUCCUUUUGAAAUCCAGCUACACCCUUUUCAAUUCUUGUUUUUGUUUGCAAUUUUCUAAGCUCAAGAUUGUAUCUUUUUCUAUGUGGGAUGAUGAAUUCUGAUUCAAUGUCCCGUAUAGCAUCUUGCAACAACAAGCCAAUGGCAGUACCCACAAAAGAGGAAGAAGAAGACCCACCAAUUUCCACUUCUUUGCUUUCUUUUGACACAGAUGCUUCAUGCCCAUCUACUUCUCCUAAACCCCCUUUGACUAAUGUAAUUUUUACUGCUCUAAUUCUCGUUACUUGUAUAGCUCUCUCUGCAGCUAUUGCCUUUGGUUUCCUCUUCUUUUCCUCCUCUUAUUCACAUCCCUCUCAACCCAUUUCUGAUGUUGUAUCACGGCCACUCAAGAAACUCAAACGCCCAGUUGUUCUAUUGAUUUCCUCAGAUGGGUUUCGCUUUGGAUAUCAGUACAAAACAGAUGUGCCAAAUAUCAAUAGAUUGAUUAGGAAUGGGACAGAAGCCGAAUUGGGUUUAAUUCCUGUGUUCCCAACUUUGACUUUUCCUAAUCAUUACGCCAUUGUUACUGGUUUAUACCCUGCUUAUCAUGGUAUUAUAAAUAAUUUCUUUCUUGAUCCCAAUACUGGAGAGGCUUUCAGUAUGGGGAGUCAUGAUCCCAAGUGGUGGCUCGGCGAGCCGCUUUGGGAGACUGUGGUCAAUCAUGGUCUUAAGGCUGCCACUUAUUUCUGGCCUGGCUCCGAGGUGAUUAAAGGAGGUUGGACUUGUCCUGAAUCUCUAUGUAUGAGGUAUAAUGGUUCUGUGUCAUUUGAGGAAAGAGUUGAUACUGUUCUGAACUACUUUGACUUGCCAACUGAUGAAAUUCCUUCAUUCAUGACACUCUAUUUUGAAGAUCCUGAUCAUCAGGGUCACAAGGUUGGGCCAGAUGAUCCUCAAAUCACUGAAGCCAUUGCAAGAGUUGAUGGUAUGAUUGGGAGGUUGAUCCGAGGUUUAGAAGAAAAAGGGGUUUUUGAGGAUGUGAACAUUAUAAUGGUUGGCGAUCAUGGUAUGGUUGGUACUUGUGAUAAAAAGUUAAUCUUUUUGGAGGAUUUGGCUCCCUGGAUUGAAAUUCCAAAGGAUUGGAUACAAUCAUAUAGUCCAUUGCUUUCCAUUCGUCCGCCACCAAGUUACUCCGCUAAGGAUGUGGUUACCAAGAUGAAUGAGGGUUUAAAGUCGGGGAAGGUUCAGAAUGGUCAGUAUUUGAAAGUCUAUCUGAAGGAGGAGCUGCCUGCCCGGCUGCAUUAUUCUGCAAGCGAUCGGAUACCACCCAUCAUUGGGUUGAUUGAUGAAUCAUUUAAGGUCGAGCAGAAGAGCUCAAAAAGGAAAGAGUGUGGUGGAUCUCAUGGGUAUGACAAUGCAUUCUUCUCAAUGAGGACCAUUUUCAUUGCCCAUGGUCCUCAGUUUGCCAGGGGCAGUAAAGUGCCAUCUUUUGAGAACGUUCAGAUUUACAACCUGGUCACCACAAUCCUUAAUAUACAAGGAGCAUCCAAUAAUGGGACAGCAUCAUUUCCGAAGACGAUUCUUUUACCCAGCCACUGAGACAUUUUUGACAAAGCUAAUUAGGGAUGGAUUCUUCAUGCUACAAGGUGAGAGAAUAUCAUGUGAUUUUUGUAUGCUUCACUUAGCAAUUAGAGAAAAAAAAAUUGUUAUAGUUGAUUUAAGGUGAUGCACCUUUGUACCUCGUGGCAUGACUUCACUUUUAUUGGCUUCUGGAAUUAGUCUAUUAGGUGCUGCAGCUUUUAUUUUUAUAGCUGGCCUAUUUUUAACUUACUAGAUUGUGGCUGUUGUGUAGAUAGAGAAUGAAUCGAUAAAAGAAUGUCCUUCGAUAUAUUUGUUAAACAUAUUCAUAUUCUAUCUUUUUUCUAAAUGAAAAGUUAUCAGUAUCCAUAUUCUAUCUUUUA